UCAGAAAUAUUGUCAAACAAUCUUCUACAAACCUAUGACAAACAUGUGUUCUCUAUACAAGUACCCACUGCUUAAAUACACACCAACAUCCUCUGAACCAGGAAUUGAAGUUUAUGAAUUGGAAGGUUGUCCUCAUCCGGAGUUUGAUGUCUCCAGAGAAAUAGGUAUGUGUCUGAAAGUAUACCAAACGACGAAUUUCACGUACUCGUACAUCACCUCUGUUUGCAACCAGGAGGGUGGAGAACUGAUAUCAUUGGACACUGACACUAAGAUUGAUUUCCUAUCAGCUUAUUUACUCAUGCACUUUGGAACUCCAGUCGGUAUCACUGUUGGACUAGACAAUUCUGCGGGCUGGAAAUGGACCAAUGGAGAGCCAUUAUCAAUCAGCCAUCCCAAUGUCUUCAACGGAAUUAACAAUUAUGAUAUGGCCAUGGAUCCAUGUGAGAGCAACUACUGUGGAAUCUUAUCAGUUUAUUCCACAUCAGACAUGACACUGUAUGAUAACUGUUGCAAUAAUUUAGCAUCCUUCUUUGUUUGUACUAUGCCUUACCAGCAGUAAGAACAUUUACCGGUGAUGUCUUGUUCAAUCGCCAUCUUUCCCAUCUGACCUAGUGUGUUAAACCUUUUAUUCUGAAAACAAAGGAUACGUCUAGUUAAAACCCAAUUAUUUUAAAUUUUAUUUCUCUCAAAUGCACUAAUACAUUUUAAUUUGCGUCUGUGCAUAUCGUUCAAGCCUAGCCAACGUUUUGUAUGUCCCAUUCGACUCAC